AUGUCCAUCGCAUCAAGCACGGAACACAUCUACCGCAAGCAUUCGCUCCCUAAAUACUUGUGCCCACGCUGUUCUCAGCCAUUCGAGACCCAGGCAGAUCUUCAGGCACACGCUCGCUCUGCAGACGCCUGUGAGGUCCGCGAGCCGGAGGUGCUUGAUGGUCUCACUCAAGACCAGGAGAAGAGGCUCCGCUCGCGCAAGAAGACGUCCGCAAAGGAUCUCACUGAGGCCGAGAAGUGGACGCAAGUGUACAGCAUCCUGUUCCCAGACGUGAGAGAAAGGGAGAUCCCGUCACCGUACUACAACGCGGAAGAUGCCGAUACAAGUUUGGGAGGCUAUGAAGAUUACCUCCGUCGCGAGCUCCCGCCCUUGGUCCGCCGGCAACUCGAAAAAGAAGUUGAGCGCGAGCUCAGUUUCGUCGAGGAAGGGAUGAAGCAGAAAGUGAUCGAUAUCGCCCGGAACCUCCAACUGACGCUCUUCAAGGGCUAUCAACAGCUCGAAAGGCAGGAGCGCGGGGUGCAAGAUCCAAUUAGUGUCGAUGUAUCAAGUCACCAGACGGACGGUUCUACCUUCUCGGCAACUGACAUGUCGCCAUCAACCAUGACGACUAGCGGCACGACGCCGGAGAUCCCCGACCCCUUGGAGAUCUUUAGCGACCACGCCAUCCCAGACUUUGACUUCAAUUUCCUCUCUGAUAUACCUUUUCCUGAACAGCAGCAGCAGUUCAAGGAGCCGAAUCUUGGUUUUGGAUUCGCGCAGGCAUUCGAUACCCAGCAGCCUGCCACGAUUCAGCCAGGCAUGGAACUACUUAAUGGGCAGCAAAACAACUUGCUUUACUAUGGAUUAGAAGGCUAUCAGAACAGUCGGGGCCAUAUGAGGGACACUGAAUCUCUUGGUUACGUCCCGUGA